CAAGCAGGCGAUCGGAACUAACACAUACGGUAUUUCCGUCAAGUUCGUAAGUAUAUAACCGCUAUCGGUGAUCGUCAAACGUAUCAGUCGUAUUCGAUCGAGCUUCACAGAACACAGAAGCACACACACGAGACUUACAAAUAAUCAAAAAUGGCAUACAAGAUGUUCUCCAUCGGUCUGGUGAUCGCAUUCGCCGGCAUGUGCUUGUGCCAACAACAAUCGACUUCCAGCUCACCAUCGCAAUACCAGUCUACCGCCGUGUCCCAAGCGUCGUUCCAGACGGGAUCGGCGGCCGCCCAACCACAGACCAAAUUGGAAGACAUCGAACGCGACAAUCUGGUUGCCGCUUUCGGACAGAAAACACAGCAGCCAUCCAAUAAACCGUCGCCUGUGGCCCCAUCGGUCUCUCAACAACAACAAUCACAACAACCACCGCAGUCUUACCAAGCGAUCCCGCAACAACAAUACUACGUGCAGCCUUACCAGGGAUUACCAGCGCAGUUCUACAUGCAACCGUACCAGACCCAACAGCAGUACUUGGCCCAACCUUACCAGAUGACUUUUGACUACAACGGCGUACAGUACUCCAUCGUCAGCCCCAACUCUUACCCCGGUAACCAGAUUUACCAACAAUACUACGUGCCAGCUGCCCAACCGUCGGCUGUUCCCGAAUACGUGACCAAACAAUCUUUCCCGGCCGCCGCCCCUGCUCAAGCUCAACAAGAAUACAAACAACAAUUGUCCACCCCUGCAGCACAAGCUCAACAAGUAUACAAACAACAACAAUUCGCCGCCCCCGCUCAAGUCCAACAAGAAUACAGACAACAGCAGUUCGCCGCCCCCGCUCAAGUCCAACAAGAAUACAAACAACAACAACAGUUGACCGCCGCCCCCGUUCAAGCCCAACAGGAAUACAAGCAACAACAGUUCAACACCCUGUCUCAAGCUCAACAACAGUACAAAGAACUGCAACAACAAUACGUCGUGCCAUCACCCGCAUACCAAUACGUCCAACAGCCAGCCGCUCCCUCGACCAACGGACCUGCCGAUUACUCGUACGUCACCCGUCACCCUGCCACCACCGCUGUCCAAUUCAAAUCCCAGGCACCAGCCGCCCAACCCCAAUUCCAGUACAACGCAUUACCGCAACAGUACCAACAACAACAACAACCCCAAUACUACUACACCGUAGCCGCUACCGAACAACCACGCGUCCAACAGUCAGCCAAGAGCCAAUUCUCUUCCGGAGUCAAGUCCACCACACCCACUCCGUUGAUUAAGGAACAAUUCGCGUACAAGUUCGAAUCAUCACCGCAACAACAACAACCCGGUGCCGCCUACAGCACUCUCAGAUAUUCCGCUUAAGACGGUGCAAGUGCAUUUCCGUUGAGGAACCGUGCCAUCGUUAUAUAUAAUAUUAUUGUAUAUAGUGCCGUCGAUUCCGAUGUACGCACACACUACGCGUAAUUCGUUUUACGAUUAUUAGAUAUCACUAUUAUUAUUACUAUUAUUAUUAUUAUUAAUUAAUUAGGUACUAUACUAGUGCGUUGUAGCACAAAUAUUAUAAUAUAGGAUAUUUAUUACACCGUCGAUUUUCACACAGAACGGCUGCUGCGGGUCGAUAUUGCGACUUAGCGCUGUAAUAUUAUGUUGUGUGGACGCAUAUGUCCCUAAAAAAAAAUUUAAUUGUUUGUUAUUAUUUUCAUUAUUUUGGUUUAAGAAUAAAUGUGAAAACACUUAAAUUUGUCGACCAUUAAAAA